AUCUUUCAGAAAACUGGCUGUGUUUCUAUAGCAACAUCUUCAGAUGGGAAACUACAGUAAGAUAUUUGCAUUGCAUUAAAGGACAUAACCUGCAUGACUAAGGAGAAAACUGCUCGACUCAUCCCAAAUGCUAUUCAGAUUGUUACAGAAGGUGAAAAGUUUUUCUUUACAUCUUUUGGUGCCAGAGACAGAAGUUACCUCAGCAUCUUUAGGUUGUGGCAGAAUGUACUAUUAGACAAGCACCUGACCAGACAGGAAUUCUGGCAGCUGCUCCAGCAGAACUAUGGUAAUGAGCUAGGCUUAAAUGCUGAAGAGAUGGAAAACCUAUCUUUGUCAAUCGAUGACAAUGUGCAGACAAGAAGUCCAGGAAGAAGCAGCUUGGAUGACUGUGGGGAGAGAGAUGAAAAAUUUUCCAAGUCCAUCAGUUUUACCCGAGAAUCAGUUAAUCGUGUUUCAGAAACAGAGUCAAUUGAUGGAAAUUCACCAAAAGGGGGGUUAGGGAAAGAGAAACCCCAAAGUGAGAAACAGAUGAAAAAGAGUCCUUUACUAACUUCAGAGAAGAGGUUAAGUAGAGUGUCAUCAAAAUCAUUGGAUUUGAAUAAAAACGAAUAUCUUUCUCUGGACAAAAGCAGCACCUCAGAUUCUGUUGAUGAAGAAAAUAUUCCUGAGAAAGAUCUUCAUGGAAGACUUUAUAUCAACCGUGUUUUUCAUAUCAGUGCUGAGCGAAUGUUUGAAUUGCUCUUCACCAAUUCACGCUUUAUGCAGAAAUUUACCAAUUCUAGAAAUAUAAUAGAUGUAGUGUCCACCCCUUGGAAAGUAGAACCUGGAGGCGAUCAACUGAGAACCAUGACCUACACUAUAGUCCUUAAUAAUCCACUUACAGGAAAGCGAACCACUGCCACUGAAAAGCAGACACUGUAUAAAGAAAGUCGGGAAGCACAGUUUUACUUGGUAGAUUCAGAAGUACUGACACAUGAUGUCCCCUACCAUGACUAUUUCUAUACCCUGACCAGAUACCAUAUCAUCCGAUCCUCAAAACAGAAAUGCCGGCUGAGAGUUUCUACAGAUUUGAAAUACAGAAAACAACCAUGGGGCAUUAUCAAAUCUCUAAUUGAGAAGAAUUCCUGGAGUUCGUUGGAGGACUCUUUCAAACAGCUUGAAUCAGACUUAUUAAUGGAAGAAUCUGUGUUAAAUCAGUCCAUCGAAGACACUGGAAAACUUAGUGGCUUACGAAGGAGAAGGCGAACAUUCAACCGAACAGCAGAAACGGUUCCUAAACUUUCUUCUCAGCGCUCUUCUGGAGACGUGGGCUCGGAUGCCAAAGGGGAUAUUUCAGGAAAGAAAAAGGAAACGGAAAUGUGUAAUACUGCCCUUAUUGUGGUGAUGAGUAUUUUUUUGCUGUUGCUCGUUCUGUUGAACGUGACGCUGUUUCUGAAGCUGUCAAAGAUAGAAUCUGCUGCUCAGUCCCUUUACCGUCUCCACCUCCAAGAAGAGAAAUCUCUGUAUUUAGCCUCUGGUAUGCUGUCAAGAGCAGAGAAUACUGAGAAGAACAAAGACCAGGCCCGUCAUUUAAAAGGAGUGCUCCGAGACUCCAUCGUGAUGCUUGAACAGUUAAAGAGCUCACUCAUUAUGCUUCAGAGAACUUUUGAUCUACUAAAUAAGAACAAGACUGGCAUGAUUGUCAAAAGCUAGUGAUCUCAAGGCCUGAAACCACAGAGAUACUUGGAACUAAAAGAAAACAUUUGAAGAAAAUCAGAGGAUGAAGGAUUUUAACUGUCACAGGAACAUUUCCGUAUCUUCUCAUUAUUGAUACUUCUAAUACGAACAUUCUUUUUAAUAACAUUAAUGUGACGACUAAUCUCUGAUGGCCUUAACCAUCCAUUCUUUCACUUCUUAUACAUAAUUCUAAGCAGUGGACUUCUCCAGUGGAAAUAUGCUCCAGUGGCUAUUUCUAGUGAAAAAUGUCAUGGACUUGAAUUUCUAUGAUACAAAAAGAAAAUGAGACACACCGAACAGAAUAGUAUGGCCUUGUUUUUACAGGGAGGUUUGAAGUUUGAUGCUUUAUCUGUUAGCACAGAAUCAGUACGUGUACAACAGGCUGCUUCCCAGCCAAGAUACAUUCAAGAUACUAAAGAAAACAAUUUAAGAAUAAACUUCUCUCUCAUUAUGAAUUUUGAAGGACCAGGUUUCAGGCAUAUAACAUUUCUAAGUACUGUAAAUAUUACAGUGUCUUCAUUUUUUUUUUUUUUUUUAGCAUGGGAGUUCAGUAGUCAUGUUUUGAGUCUGCAACUUGGUAAUUACUAUCUGAAAGGUUUUUGAGCCAUGUUGUAUCUUUUUGAAGGUAUAGUUGUUUCAGGAGCUAUGAGAGGUGAGAUUAUCUUGCCUCUUCAUAUAUCAAGUGGCAGAAGAGUAUAUUUUGGAAAAGGAGACAUGUAGGAUACCAACACUCAAAAUGAAGAACCAUGCUCUGAUUUUAAAAACGAGAGAGGUAUGUUAAAAUCUGGGCAAAUCUUAGUGACAGAUCAAAUGAAUACUUGAACUAAGCAUGGCUUCAGCUUAGCACUCUUUCAUGGUGGAAGUCAACCACAUGGUUGAAAAUAAUCUGUGGGUUACUUUUCAGUAGUCAUAUAUGUCUUCACUUAUUCAUUCAUGUGUGUGGCUUGUUUCAACUGGUAAGUUAUAACCAGACGCAAUCUUCACCUCUUCAGUAAAAACUUUUGGGGGCACUAUGUCCCAGUACUAGUUUGUUGACUCAAAUUCUAAGUCAGAAGAUUUGGCUCUUUCAUCAGAAGUUUUUAGGCAUGUAUGUCUUAAUAUUAUGCCUUUGGAACAAGAGAAAGAUAGCAUGGAAUAAUUUGUAUAUAUUCUUACUGUUUGGACAAUGCUUCCCUUUAGUUAUAUGUUUCUUCUUUUCACCCCAGAGUCACCAAAGCCACAUGAGAUUGCUAAAGUAAUUUUUGAGAUGCCUAUAGAGAAUGAAAGUAUUGACCUGAUUACAGGAAAAAUGGAUUUCUCUGGGUGGUUCCCCACAAACCUACCUUGGGGUACCUGUGUACUAACCUGGGUUUUUUUUUUAAAUAAGGAUUUAUGAAGUGUCUGUCUGUGAGCAAGAGUCACUGGAUAUUAAACUUGAAGACUUGUUCUCUGUUAAAUUCACAAAAAUGAUCAGAGACAAGCUGAAUAAUUUUGUGAUGUUCUUUAAAACUUCUACUUCAUAAAUAUACCUCAAAGAAAAUUAACAAACUUGCUUUUUAGAUUAAGACAACAUGUAUGUAUGUAGAAUUCAAUUAAUUGCAUUUAAGCCUGUUAUGUAAAUUAAUAUCAAUAAAACUCAAAAUGUC